CGUCUAGAAGUCAGAAAUUCCACCCUGAUCAACCGCGUUGCGUGCAAUUAAUCUUCAUAUUUUAAUUUCUUGCACCUUUUUUUCCUGGAAGCUCAGAGUCAGAACCCCUCGUUCAUACGCUUCCGUACUGAUCCCUGUCACAGAUCUACUUAUCCAAACGCUAUAUAUAGAACAACUCGCCCCUGCCAUUUCUCCACACCAACCAACUGCUUUACAUCCUAAAAUUCCUUUCAGCAAAAGGAACUAGAGCGCCGAAAAGGGAACACUACUUUCCUAGCUAGAUAUACACCGUUCGUAUUAAAGGGAAGAAAAUGGGCGAGCAAAUUACGAACCAGGAGCAGGUGUACCCGUUGGCACCAGCAAGUAAGAUGCCAAGAAGCGAUGAAGAAUCAAACACUUUGCAAUCCAACGAGCUCCGAAGAAAGAAAAGGAUCAAGUUGGCGAUAUAUAUAGCUGCUUUUGCUGUAUUUCAGACCAUAGUCAUCGUGGUCUUUUCUCUCACUGUGAUGAAAGUUAAGACCCCUAAAGUCAGGUUGGGCACAAUCGAGUUAAAGAACGUGACCACUAUCACUGGAACUCAAGCAUCGUCACCUUCCUUCGACAUAAGCUUCACAACCCAAGUUAGGGUUAAGAACACAAACUUCGGUCCCUACAAAUACGACAGCUCUAAUGCCACCUUCUUGUACCAGGGCGUGGCCGUUGGGGAAAUCUUCAUUCCUAAGGGUAAGGCUGGGAUGCUUUCGACCAAAAAAGUUAGUAUAACUGUUAGUGUCAAUUCAAAUGCCCUGAACAGCACUACGAGCCUUGGAAAUGAGUUGGGUGCUGGGACCUUGACGCUGAACAGCCAAGCCAAGCUUUGUGGGAAAGUGGAAUUGAUGUUUGUGAUGAAGAAGAAGAAGUCUGCCCAAAUGAACUGCACCAUCUCUAUCAAGCUUAAUGCAGAAAACGCCGUGGAUUUGAAGUGCAAGUGAACAUGAAGCUGUUUUAUGUAGCAGUUUCCUAGCUAUGUUUUUUUCUUAUUAUUAUUAUUAUUAUUUUUUCCUUCCCUGGGCUUUUGUUUGUAUAUUUGUUCUUAUUAUUUCGAUUGCGAGGGAAUACUACACUUAUACGCAUUUCACGAUUUACUCUAUAUCCAUACGAGUUUUGUUAUA